GGCGUAGCAGAGGUUGCCACCCAACACUUUCCCGUCAAACGUUGUGACGCCAUUUUAGACAGCUCUAUGUAGUUUGUUAGGAACCAAAAGUCCUCUUCACUACUUUAAAUUUCGUGACUUCACAAGGCACUGCGUCGAAAGCUGGAAGAGGACACUCUCAACCAGAUAUCAAAAAAGUUGUAACAAUGGUUGCAAUUAGUUACAUGUGUUCAUCUGAUAUCUGUCAAGAGUCACUAUAUUUAAAUUGAACAUGCGUAAAGAUUGUCGAUGAGUGUAGGGCUAGGAAGUGUUGAAUAUUGAAGAGGAAAUAAAAUUUGUGUGAAUUGAUAGGGUAGCUUUGCCAAUAUGAUUGUUUUAAGAAAUUAUCGCAUGUCCAAAGAAGUCUGCACAAUGAGGCCAUUUACAUUAUUUGCUCAGAUGUCAACAAUGAACAAUAGAUUACCAGUUAAUGCUGCCGACGCCGGGGAAAGUGAGGUUAAUGUAGGAGAAACGGUACAGUUUAGUGAAGAAGAACUGGAAGCAAUACGGAAUAAAUCUCGACUGCGUAUUAGCGACCGUAAUUUAAUUCACAAUAAUGUUCCGUACCCACGACCAGUUGCUGAGCAUCACUAUACAGUUAAAUAUAAGCGGCGGCUGUACGGCCGGUAUGGAGCUGAAAGUGGGGUAGAUCCUAGAAUAUGUUGGCCGUCAUCAGAUGAUUUAACGAUCAUGCGAGAAUAUGAAUCUGCUUCGAGGCCUCAUUCUCUUCAAGAAAUGAUUAAUAUUAACCUGGAAAGUAAAGCAGCAGAGAGAAAACGGAUUAUUCUGAGGGAGCAGGAGAUGGCCACAAAGCUGGCAAAAUUAGAAAAAAUGAAAGAAGAAUUAAAUGCAAGAAUAAGAAAGAGAGAAGCUGAUGCUCUUGUGGCUAAAGCCAAGAAAGAUCGACUAAUUGAAGAAGUUCGACGAUAUUUUGGUUUCAAAGUAGAUCCAAAAGAUGAACGAUUUAAGGAGAUGCUUGAAAAGAAAGAGAAAGAAGAAAAGAAACUUGCCAAAGAAGCUAAGAAGAAGGCUAGAGAAGCCAAAUAUUUGUCUCAGUUAGUGGAAGCUUCAGGAAAACCUCAAGAUACAAACUCUGGCUGAAGGUCUCUGUGAUAUGAGUAGUAAGAAGUCAUCUACCCAUCCUAGUCUAACAAUUGUUUGUACAUCGGAACAAGGGCUUUGUGACCUAUGCCACCUUUUUCUUCUUGUGAUCGUGUUUUUCAAAACCCAGAAUUUUAAAUUGAGCAUAUGAAUAUGUAUCCCUACUUAUGAAAUUAAUUGUUAAAACUACAAUACUGAUAAAAAAAACUGUUCAGUGCAAGGGAUGAUUUGAAUCCUGACUCAAACAAAUGUGUGAAAGACAACUAAGUUUAUUUCUCAUAAGAUAGAUCAACAAUACAAUAAAGAAUAAUCCUUCAUUUAUUGAUUAUUAACAACGAAAUGUCUCCUAAUUUCUAUCGUUUUCCUUGUUUAGGAUCACUUCAACAUUUCAGUUCUUCUUAAUUAAAAUUCCAUAGAAUUUCUGUAAUGUACACACAUUUGCAUUUAAAAUAUCUCAUUUGAGUAUAAAUCUAUUA